CGUUGGCUAGGCUAACGCCGGCUAUAUCAUCUAAGCGGUGUUUCGCCGCUUCGCACGUUGCUAGCUAGUUGCAAUGUUGUAGCUAUUAGCACGCUAGCCAUUCCUUCGCUGGGAGGGAGACCCGCCGUUGAGUUUAACCAACCUACGUAGUUGAUAAUCAUUAAUUUCAGAAUCCGACCGUCUCUGUUACUGAAACAAUUCACCUAAACACCUGCUAGCUCGCUGUCUUUCUCUCUGUUAGCCUGCUAGCGCUGUUAGCCUGCUAGCGCUCAGCGUCCGUUCACCGUUUUCCUCCCCUCAGUGAGAUCCGUCUCGUGUCCGACCGGAGGACCAUGGCGAUGAGACAGACUCCGCUCACCUGUUCGGGUCACACCCGGCCCGUGGUGGACCUGGCCUUCAGUGGAAUCACUCCCCACGGAUACUUCCUCAUCAGCGCCUGUAAAGAUGGCAAGCCUAUGUUGCGCCAGGGAGACACAGGGGACUGGAUAGGAACGUUUCUGGGUCACAAAGGUGCUGUCUGGGGAGCCACUCUGAACACAGACGCCACCAAAGCAGCCACGGCCGCAGCUGACUUCACAGCAAAGGUGUGGGACGCAGUGAGCGGAGACGAGAUCCUCACACUGGCACACAAACACAUCGUCAAGACGGUCACCUUUACUCAGGACAGCAGCUGUCUGCUCACGGGAGGAAACGACAAGCUGCUGCGCAUCUACGACCUCGCCAACCACGAAGCAGCACCUCAGGAGAUCGCCGGUCACACCUCAGCCAUUAAAAAAGCCUUAUGGUGCAACAACGACAAGCAGAUCCUCUCGGCUGCAGACGACAAAACCAUACGGCUGUGGGACAGAAGCUCCAUGACGGAGGUGAAGACGCUGUCGUUCGACACGUCUGUCAGCAGCAUGGAGUACGUGCCGGAAGGAGAGAUUCUUGUCAUCACGUACGGAAAGACCAUCGCGUUCUACAACGCUCAGAGCCUGGACUUGAUCAAAAAGGUGGAUGCUCCAGCUCCCAUUAACUCCGCCUCCCUCCACCCGGAGAAGGACUUCUUCGUUGCGGGCGGAGAAGACUUCAAGCUCUACAAAUUUGACUACGGCACCAAAGAGGAGCUGGAGUCGUAUAAAGGUCACUUUGGUCCUGUUCACUGUGUUCGCUUCAGUCCGGAUGGAGAGCUGUACGCCAGCGGCUCUGAGGACGGCACGCUGCGACUCUGGCAGACGGCUGUAGGGAAAACAUACGGCCUGUGGAAGUGUGUCCUUCCUGAGGACCUGGUGGCAGAGAACUCUGAGCAGCUGUACACGUCGCCCCCUGAGAUCAAGGCCUGAGGAGAAAUCAGCGCUGUUAGCAAACGGGACGAGGAAAGGAAAGAAGGGGACAAGCGGAGCGGAGGGGUGUUCCAGGGUAAAAUCAGGCCCCAGCAAGGAGCAGAGUCCAGAGCAUCCAUCAGGACCUGAUGUGGAUAUUAUGACUGCCCUGUCUGUCAUAGACACACACACACACACACACACACACACACACACACACACACACACACACACACACACACACACACACACACACACACACACACACACACACACACACACACACACACACACACACACACACACAUUUACUGCAGCCGUGAGCACAGGAUGGGCUGCAGAGUGAAGCAGUAGAGCUGUGAGCAUCUCCUCAUCGCUGCCUGCUUUCUCUCUGAUCAGUCCAGUUCUGUGCGUCUGCUUCAACUGACUUUCUCUCCCCCCUAAAGACCCCAAGUUACCCCCCCUCCUCCCCCCCUUACACACCCCACAUGAUGCUUAGAUCGGUUUUGGUUUGAAAGUUAACGUAUUGAAUGAGCUGGACCAACGCUUGUGUUUUCAGUUCAUAGAAUACUGGAGGUCGCUGCACAGUUUGUGCUGACGUUUUGGCUCUUUUAUUUGUUCUGAACAGUCGCUUUGAGUGUUCGCUGCUGUCGUUCUGGUUCAGUCUGAGAAGUUAAUGUUGAAAUAAAAAGAAAAAUAUGUUUUGUGACUAUUUGGAAAGGGGAAAAAGGGUCACUUUAUUUCACUUGGUUUCUGUCUACAUUUAUGUCCAGUAAAGAAAUAAACAAAAUGCAUUGCUGUUUAAUUUGUAAGUGAUGCACAAAGAGCAA